AUGGCGGACAGUCGUGAAAGAAUUCGCGCCCCACCACGGGACGGGCGCGAAGGGUUCACCAGCCCGCGGCAGGUGCUCCGCCGGUUGAUGCUGCUAUCGGAGGGCAGACAGUACCGUGAAGCUGCCACCGUCGUGGGUCGCCUGGGACCGUCCGUACUGCGUUCGGUCGUAGCCGAGCUUCCGAUGGAUAUCCUGAUCGAGGCGCUGCCCCACAGUACCUACCUGCUCGAGUCCUUCUUCAAUCGGCUAAAUGCGGUUGUUGCCACCCCACGUCCGGACGUACCGUGCGAAGCGAUCAUGUGGCAUCUGGUGAAGUUGUUCAGCAACCCGCACGAGACGGGACUGCGGCAGCGAUGCAUGAAGCUUGCCCAAGCCAUCGGCAUUUGGCAACCAUCGUUGCGGGAAUCGCUUCUAGCGCGCCGCAAGCAGCUCGACCAAGCAAUCCAAGGGCUCGGCGUGCAUGGGCUUACUGCCGACCAGACCGGCAGUCUCAUAUCGCUGCACGUGGCGCUCAAAAACGAGCUGCAGCGACAUAUCGACACGUACAAGACUGCCAUCCACAAGCUGGAGGAGCUGAGCCCGGUUACCGCACAUCAAGAUCCUGCCCAAUCCUCCCACCAGCGACUGCUAGCGAUCGGGUACGGUGACAUCCAGCAGCGGCUGAUCGACAACAAGACCCUGCUGACCAUGCUGGACAAACCGGCGCUCAAACAGCUAGCCCAGCUGGUGGAAAACCUCUCCCAGCGGGUGCAGAACGACAAGGAGGUGCUGUUCUGCGUUGGCCAGAUCCGGCGCACUGAUGCGACGGCCAACACCGAGGAACGACCUGCCGCCGGGCUGCUGAUGAACUAUUCGCGCGGCUGCGACACGGUGCUGGGAUUGAUGGGACCGAUCGCCACACUGCCCCCGAGCAGCCCGACCAGCAACGGGUGCAGCAGCGGUGGAAGUGACGGCUACCAUUCCGAUUCCGACAUUGAUGAAACUAAUUCGGAGCUGGUUCGACAGUACAGCGUAACGUACAGCAAAAAUCGCAUCGACACCCUGGACUCGCUCAACUCGCUGCCACAGCUCAAACACGCCCACCAGCUAAAGGCAAAGAUACUGUUCUCGAUCAUAGUGCUUGCCUUCCGUGCCUGCCAUGGGCUGAAGGAGCGCAAGGUGCUAGAGGUGCGUCGCACACUGUACGUGCUGGAUGCGAACGACGAAUCGACGGCCGCACUCGAUCGGGCCGUGCGGCAACAGCUGAAGGAGACGGCCGACCGAUUCCCGAUGGGUGACGUUGAACGGCAGGUUGCCAACCAGGUCCUGUCGACGCUGCACGAGUACCCCUGCCUAGAGGCUUGCAUACCGCUCAUCCACUACAUCAGCGACUGUGUGCGAUUAGCGUGGCGCAUGGUAAAUCAAACGAACCCAUACUACCUCGAUACGGACUUUACGCUCGGUCUUCUGCAGCCGGAGAAGCACGAACGGUACCCGAUUUCGGAGAAGCGCUCCGACAUUAUCCGUGCGUUCCUGUGGCCAGCACUGAUGCAGAAUGGACACUGCGUGUACAAAGCGGUCGUCGCCACCUAA